AUGAGCACCAUAUCCGAUGUGGACUUCCUCGUUGGCUUCAUCCACGAGUUCUAUCGAGAAGAUGCCAUGCUCGUCGACGUGGAACCAGGUAUCUCCAUACCCGGCAAGAAGAUCCAGGUACAGGACAUUAAUAUUUACCCUAUCAAGAGCUGCGGAGGCUAUUCCGUACCUCGGGGCGAUGCAUGGGAGGUGAAGCCCGAGGGCUUAGCUUGGGACAGAGAAUGGUGCCUCGUUCAUCAAGGAUCUGGACAAGUUCUCAGUCAGAAACGAUAUCCGAAGAUGGCCUUGAUAAAGCCCUCCCUUGACUUCAAGAGCGGAAACUUAUGCGUCUCCUUCAGCGGCAAAAGGGCCUUUCACGCACCCGAUGAGAUUCGGAUACCCCUUUCCGCAGAUCCGACCCAGUUCGACUCAAAAGUUUCGUCUCGUGGAAGAUCUUCCCGUGUUUGUGGCGACAACAUCACGCCCCAGAUCUACAAUUCUGACGCCAUCAACGGUUUCUUCACCGACGCUCUUGGUGUUCCUUGUGUAUUAGCACGAUUCCCAGCGGGUGGACAAGGUCCCGCUAUGCGUCACGCCAAAGCAAAACCCCAGAAGCAUCAACAAAUCAGAACAACAGCGGCCAGAGUAUGCCCAGGAGCCUUCCCAGAGUUGCCGUCUCCACCAGAUUCGGACUCUGAGCAGCCAUCAGGCAAAAUUCUUCUCUCCAACGAAAGCCCCAUUCUCCUUAUCAACACCGCGAGUCUGCGCGCCCUGAAUGAUGAAAUCGAGGCCGGCGGCGGGGAACCAGUACCGUCGGCGGCGUUUCGUGCCAAUGUUGUCAUUGGCCCAGCUUCGGAUUCAAAGGAUCUAGCAUGGGCGGAGGACACCUGGACGACUCUGUCAAUAGGAAAGAACGAGUUCAAGCUCAUGGGUUCCUGCCGGCGAUGCCAGAUGGUUUGUGUGGACCAGGAGAGCGGUGAGAGGCAUGAAGAACCAUUCGUGACUCUGGCGAAGAUUCGAAGAUUUGACGGAAAAGUCUACUUCGGCACGCACAUGGGUCAUGACCCCGGCCCGGAUACGUUGAGGCCAGCCACGUAUCCCACCAUUCGGGUUGGUGACACCGUUGAGGUUGAUCGCAAGUCGUGA